CGGCAGUAGUGACUAGAGAAUCAGAUUUCUCCGACCCAGCAGUGAGACCAGAGCGAGGGGAGGAGAGAGGCAGGGCCAGGAAUCUCUCCUUUGGACACUCCCGGUCCUUUAAGGUCCAGAGCUCAGCUAACAGUCCCUGGACUUUCUUUGAGCCUGGAUCUCAGCACACAGGGCCAGUGUGACGUACACACCUCCCCAGACCCUCUCUUAAGCCGGACAUCCAGGAUUUUUCCUCUCAUUGUAUGAGGCCCUAGCUGAGAGAGCUUUCCUGAAGUGUACCCACCUCCAAAGGUCUGCUUCAUAACAUCCCUGGUGAAAUCUGUACUUUUGCAGCAAAUUUCCAUUGGCAUGAUACAAGGAUAGCAAUGGAUCCUGAGGGCUCUCGUAUUCAAGAUGACCCAGAUGUCAAAAUAAUGAUGGCGGGAUCGACUCUUAGAAAAGUCAAGUCCCGUUCAUGGAAGAAGCAGCGGCAUUUCCGCCUCCUGGAAGACGGCCUGACAAUCUGGUACAAAUCCAGAUGGGCAGGGAGAGGCCACUCCACCUUCUCAGUGACCGAGUUGGAGGCAGUGCGUGAGGGCCACCAGUCGGAAGUCCUGCUGAGCAUUGCCGAGGAGUUCCCCGCUAACCUCUGCUUCACCUUGGUGUUUCACGGUCGGCAAGGCAACGUGGACCUGGUGGCAGAGUCCCCAGAGGAAGCCCAGGCCUGGAUCCAAGGAGUGCGCAAGUUAAUUCACAAGGCUCAAACGAUGGACGAGAAGGAGAGGUUAGACCAAUGGGUCUGGGACUGGUUUCAGAAAGCUGACAAAAACAAAGAUGGGAAGAUGAAUUUCAAAGAAGUGCGGAAACUGCUGAAGAUGAUGAACGUAGACAUGAAUGAAGAACAUGCUCUCCAUCUCUUUACGAUGGCCGAUAAGUCAGACACCGGUUCUUUAGAAAUCGAAGAGUUUGUCCACUUCUAUAAGAUACUGACUCAGAGGGAUGAGGUAUGGAAGGUGUUCCAGGACUACUCUGGAGAUGGAGAGAAGUUAAUGUUGGAGGAGCUGGAGAACUUCCUGCGGAUAGAGCAACAGGAGGGAGAGCAGAGCGCCCAGCAUGCCAAGGAGCUGAUUGAUCGCUAUGAACCAUCUGAGACAGCCAAAAAGCAAAGCGCCAUGUCUCUAGAUGGCUUCCAGAUGUACCUGUGCUCCCAGGAGGGCUCCAUAUUUAAACCUGAGCAUCGACAUCUUUACCAGGAUAUGAGCCAGCCGCUCAGCCACUACUUCAUCUCCUCCUCACACAACACCUACCUCCUGGAGGACCAGCUCCGUGGACACAGCAGCCUAGAGGCGUACAUCCAGGCUCUGAAAAGAGGCUGUCGCUGUGUGGAGGUGGACUCCUGGGACGGCAAUGAUGGGGAGCCUAUUGUGUAUCAUGGUCAUACUUUGACAUCCAAAAUUCUCUUUAGAGACAUCAUUUCAACACUCAAAGAAUAUGCCUUCAAGACAUCAGACUUCCCUGUCAUCCUGUCCCUUGAGAAUCACUGUGGGGUAGAGCAGCAGACAGUCAUGGCUCAGCACCUCAGACAAAUCUUGGGUGACACACUACUGACCACCCUGCUGGAUGGACAGAUCCCUCAACAACUUCCUUCUCCACAGGAACUGAAGGGGAAAAUUUUACUGAAAGCCAAGAAGAUUGGUGGUCUAGAGGACUGUAAUGAUGAAACCCUGACAGAUGAAGUUAGCGAUGACGAAGAGAUGGCAAAUGGUGAGGCUGAGAGCCCAACUGCAGAAGACCCACCUGCUGGGUGUUUGAAGGAGAAUGGCAAGAAAUCGAAGUCCAAACUGUCAAGGGAGCUGUCCGACUUGGUGGUUUACUGUAAGAGCUUGCACUUCCAUGGCUUUGAGCAUGCUCGCUUACACGCCAAAUGCUAUGAGAUGUCCUCAUUCUCUGAAUCCAAGGCCAAGAGGCUAACUAAAGAAGCAGGGACAGAUUUUAUUCGGUACAACACAAGGCAGCUGAGCAGGAUUUACCCCAGUGGCCUUAGGACAGACUCCUCCAACUACAACCCGCAGGACAUGUGGAAUGUGGGCUGCCAGAUAGUGGCUCUGAACUUCCAGACAGCUGGUCUGGAAAUGGAUCUGAACGAUGGGCUGUUCAGGCAGAACAACUGCUGCGGCUACGUCCUCAAGCCUGACUUCUUGAGAGAUGGCGACACUCAGUUCAGUCCAGACAAACCUGAGGGACGGCAAGGCUACAGACCACUCCGCUUAUCAAUACAGGUGAUUAGCGGGCAGCAGCUACCAAAGGUGAAUCAGAAAGAGGGCUCCAUUGUAGACCCCCUAGUCAGAGUGGAGAUCUAUGGAGUGCCACAAGACCAGGCCAAGGAAGAGACCAGUCACAUUAACAACAAUGGCUUUAACCCCGUGUGGAAUGAAACUCUAAAUUUCAUCAUCCACACCCCUGAGCUGGCCCUGGUUCGCUUUGUUGUAGAGGACUAUGAUAAGGCAUCCAGGAAUGACUUCAUUGGACAGUUCACUCUUCCAUUUAUGUGCAUCCAAGCAGGAUAUCGUCAUAUACAUCUGCUCUCUAAAGAUGGAACAGCUAUCCCUCCCUCCUCUCUCUUUGUCAACGUCAGCAUUUCAGAGUUCACAUGAAGAAGUCAAAUGUGCAGAUAUGAAGCCAGGGUGUGGUCACAAGUUCAAUGUCUCCAUAAACCCAAUGAGGAAUUUAAUAUUGAGCAGUUUCCACACUUUAAAUAACAGCAGACUUGGCUAUUUAUUUUUCUUUACUAUUUACUGCACUAUGUUUAAUCAGCGAUAAAGUUUAAAGGUUGAUGCAUCUCCUAACGUGCAAUUCUCCAAGUCAGCUCUUUAUGAAAAUAUUUCCCACAAGCUUUUUAAUUCUAAUUAUCUGGUAAUGUAGGAGGGACUGCUGCAUGUGUACAUCCAGAGAUAACAGUCCUAGGAAACAACUUUUAAGUGUUGUUUUAAAAUGUAACGCUAGAAUGUGAAAAUUGCUACCUAUCAGUAUUAAAAACCAAUUAUCAUAAAGUACUCAUAGCUUUCCAUCAUGAUGGUUAAUCUAUGAUUAAGUGUGUGCUUGAGUUUUUCUCUGUACUAAUGUACAAAUUCCACAAGGUAUGCUGUGUAUUAUGUAAAUGUAUGUGUAUACAGGCCUGUAAAUACAUGCUAUACAUUUUGUGAAUGCUUUAACACAGCUGAAUAAAAUUAAUUCACAACA